AUGGAAGCAGCAAUAGACAAAUGUUGUGACUUAAAGUCACUUGAUGAUAACUGGGGACUAAUUCUUCAAAUUAGUGAUACAUACGCAGUCGGACAGCCAAAACAAUGUUUAAAGUGUAUUUCAAAGAAAAUCUUCCAGAACAAUCCUCAUACAUCAAUGAAGGCGCUCACGCUCCUAGAUUCGUGUGUGAAGAACGCGGGGAAUACAUUCGCUCGAGAACUCUCGUCAAAAGAUUUUAUUUCAACAUUCAAGCAGAAGUACCCUAGUAUUAUUCAUAGAAACUUCAUCAUGUUCCGCAGCAGAAGUUGUUGGGACUUGUCAGGACAUGGUCGGAGGAAUACGGAAGCAAUCCGGAAUUCAAGUAAGUCGUUCGAUUUUAACCUUCUCACUUUUAUUAGUCUCCUCGCGACGCUCUACACAUGGGUUCGAAGAGAACAUCCAUCCCACAUCCGCGAGCUAGAAGGCUCUCUCAAUGCUGCAAAGCAAACAACCAACAAGGAAAAAGAGAAAAGUCUUCAAGCCAAGGAAGAAGAGGAUCUCGCCAAAGCUAUCGCGUUAUCAUUGACCGACACCGGAGGUCGACCUGCAGCAUUAAACAACCAGACACCUCAGUCAUCGUCCACACCCGCAGGCACAGCAGCAUACCCUGCCCUCCCCACUGCUUCCUCCACCAUUCCUUCUCGUAACCUUGGCAAAGUCCGGGCUCUGUAUGAUUUUGAGGCCGCAGAGGACAACGAACUGACCUUCAAGGCUGGCGAAAUAAUUGUGGUGUUGGAUGAUUCGGACCCGAACUGGUGGAAGGGCAGCAACCACCGUGGCGAGGGUCUCUUUCCCGUUCAGUUCGUCACAAAAGACGACACAGCCGAGGCCGAUGCGAAGGCCUCCCAACAGACGACCAAUUCGGUUACCAAGGUGACUAAAGAAGCGGAGGAGGAGAAACCAGCGCGGAUCGACCCGCAGUUGCUGGAGAAUUGCCUGGAAAUGCUCCAUGAUGCGGACCCGACAGGCGUGUCCCGGCCCGACCCCGAGGAGUUGCCGCAAAUGGAGUCUCGCUGUCGUGCCAUGGAGCCCCUCAUCGACCGGGAGCUCGAAGAGGUCGACACACGCAUCAACGACGUGGAGGCACUGAAGCAACGCCUGCUGGACGCCUUCGCGGAGUACCAUGAUAUCGUGGCGCGGUCACCACCGGCUCCGGCCUUUUCAGCGGCGUCGAUGUUCCCUGGAGGCCAGCAACAACAACAGCAACCUGUUUUUAAUCCGGCGGUUCCUGCAUCGUACCAGUACAUGUACGGGAAGCCAGGAGAGCCCUACGCGCAGCAGUAUUCGAUACCACCGCCUCCACAAGGUCCUCAACCAAUGUACAUGCCUGCUCAACCCAUGGCCAACCUUGAUCCGUCUUGCCAGCCCCCUGUUCACGCGCCCGGUGCGCCGAUGGUUGCGUACGGCGUUGGCGCCUACAUUCCACCUCAGCCGCCCAGCGGUUACCAUGGCCAACCUGUUGCGCCCGUGUAUGGCCAGCCCCAAGGUCCGCUGCACGCCUACGUUCCUCAACCGGUCUACGCCUACGCGCCGAACGACGAUGCUGUUGCGGUGGAGCCCUCACAUUGGCCACAAACCCAGCAGCACGCCGAUCCUGGUGCCUAUACGGAACAGCCUCCGGAGGAAGUUGAUCGUAGCGAGUCUGGAACGCCUCAGACGAACCCACCUGCGUCUCAGCCGCCGCCAUCUGCUCAGACGUACAUCAACUAA